AUUAUUGGUAAUAUUUUCGAUUGUUGCGAUAAUUUGUGAAAGUUAUUCACCCGACAAUGUUGCGGAGAUUAUGUAUUAAUUCACCAUUUAAAAAUCACUUUAGAACCAUAUAUUCGAAAGUAGAAGGUGUUCCACCUGACUGGCUGAUAUUUUUACAGCAAGAUAUUGAUUUGAGACCACGUUCUGUUGAAAGAUGGUGGAGGAAGAAACAGUGGGAAACAUUAGUUAACGAUCAAAAAUUAGACCCGGAGAGGAUCAGAAUAUUAGGACCCGACCUGUCUGCUGCCCAUUUUCUUAUUAUGAGGAAUGUUGCAGUUAAAUUUAAAGGUGCUGAUAAAUGGAUUGAGCCGAUAAAAAAGAAAAACGAACCAGUUGUUAUUCCAAGAUCUUAUGUAAGAGGAUUGCAUUUAGAAGCUAUCGAUGCCAGUAAUUCAAAAUUAAUGUUUGAAAGUUUAGAUAAUUUAGAGGGAUUAGAGCAUUUAAGAUAUUUGAAUUUAUCCGGUUGUUCUUACGUUGACGAUUGGACAUUGAAUAGGCUUCAUAUGUUUAAUAAAUCACUCGAGUAUUUAGACGUUAGCAAAUGUGAGAAUAUUACAGAACGUGGUUUAGCUUGCUUGGCAGAUAAGCUUCCCAAUUUGAAAUAUCUUAAAAUGAAAGAAAUGCCAAAAGUAAAUUAUGCAGGAUUUGUUCAGGUUCUGUUACAAGAAUGUAAACCUACUCUACGUAUCGAAGGAGUACCAUCAGAAGACGUUCCUGAAGAUGCUAAUUUAGAACCAAUAUUUAUAUCUGGUAUGAUCCUUCAUACCUACGAAAGAGCAACGUUCAAGUUGGGUGAAAGAAUUUUAAUAUCCGAUGAAAGGGAAAAUGAUAAUAGUCCAUUACUACUCGAAGCAGGAAUAAUAACUGAAGAUCAAUUAAAGGACAAUAUAAAUAAUUGUACAAACUUAAUAGAAGAGGGAACGGAUUGUAAUCAGUUGAAAACCAGUUCAAUAUAAAAAAGAAAACAUAGUAUUAAAAACAUAUUGUAAAUUUCCCAAGUGCUUUUAAACAAUUUCUUUUCUCGACGUCUUUAUCGAAUAUUUUUCAAAAAGACAUAUGGAGAAAAGCGAAAGAAACUGUAGGAAAAUUAAUCUUUUGAAGAUAAAAAAAAAGAUACAAACAACAAAAGAAAAUCGAAGGAUCUUUUAUUUUAAUACAUCAUGGUUUUAAUCAAUUUUUUUUUAUAUUUUUUAAUAAAAAGCAGAGAGAAAUUCUUAUUACGUUUUCUUGUCUGAUUUUUUCUAGAAUAUAGCAGACCUAGGAGAAAAGUUUAUAAAAUGCUUGACACAUUGUUCUUUCCAAGUUAAAAUAGGAUCAUUAUGAACAAUCUGAUAAGAAUCUUUUUGAAGAUACAGUUCCGGUAAUCAGAUAAAUGUUAGUACUAAGCGAUAUAGAAAUAAUAUAAGAAUCAUAUAUAUAUAAUAUAUA